AUGGACACCUCCCAUUCUCGUAUAGCGAGCGAGACCACCCCUCUGAUCCCUGCAGAGGUCUCAAAGCCUAAAACUCCACUUCCAAAACUCCAGUUGGGCAUAGUUUUGACGAUACAAUUCGCGGAAGCCAUCGCUUCCACCUCUAUAUUCCCGUACAUCAACCAGCUUAUCAGAGAACUUGGGAUCACUAGGGGUGACGAUGCAGCUGUGGGGUAUUAUGCUGGAAUCAUUGAAUCUCUGUUUUUCGUCACACAAGCACUGACAGUACUGAGGUGGAGUAGGUUGUCUGAUCGCAUUGGGCGCAAGCCGGUGUUGGUAGUUGGACUCUCAGGUGCUUGCCUUUCGAUACUGUGUUUCGGUCUUUCAACGACCUUCUGGAGUCUUGUCAUUAGCCGCUGUGUGUGCGGUGUUCUAAAUGGCAACAUUGGAGUUAUGAAGACCAUGAUGGGAGAAUUGACGGACUCCACAAAUAUGGCUCAGGCAUUUUCCUUGAUCCCGAUCAUCUGGAGCCUUGGAAACUUUCUUGGGCAAGUGAACUGUCCUUUAAUGGGUGGAACGCUUGCGCGACCGCAAGAUCAUUGGCCCGUAUUAUUCGCCAAUUCAUUCUGGGGAAAUUACCCAUACUUUCUGCCUUGCGCAGUGGCAGCAUGUGUGCUCUUUGUGGCCCUUUUCACAAUGGUAUUCUUCUUAGAAGAAACAUUAUCAACAAAGCGUCGACCUAAGUUGUCAUCAGCCACGCUCGGCGAUUCAAGUGGUGAAUCACUGCCUCAACAAUCCAUGGCAAAUGUCUCAUUGCGAUCUCUACUCACACCUGCUGUUGUUGUUCCAAUUGCCAACUAUACCGUAUUUGCUUUCCUUGACAUUUCUCGUAGGGCUCUCGUGCCGCUGUUCUUUUCGACACCUACCUAUCUUGGUGGUCUUGGAUUCGAACCUUCAUCCAUUGGCUCGUGGCUAGCGUUGUUCGGGAUCAUGGAUGGUGUCCUUCAGGCAUUGCUCUUCGCCAAACUUGUCGAUCGACUUGGUCCAAAGCGUCUAUUCAGCGUGUCAGUAUCGUCCUACGCAUUGCUCAUGGUUGUGUUGCCGAUAAUGUCCUGGCUUGUACGCGCAAGGGGUGGAGUUGAUCAUGCAGUCACGUUUGCUUUACUUUGCCAACUAGUUUUGUCAGCCAUAUGUAGCAUGGGACUUGGGACUCUCUUGAUGUUUAUGAGAGCUUCUGCCCCUACGAAGAAUACGCUUGGCGCCAUCAAUGGGCUUGGCCAAACAUCCGCGUCGGUAGCUCGUGCCAUUGGGCCUGCCUUGGCGACUUCACUAUUUGCUGCAUCAAAGGAAUACAAUCUUCUCGGAGGAAACGCAGUAUUCGUCAUCUUGUUUAUGGUGGCUAUUGUGCAGAGCUGGUUGGGGUCGCAGCUGCCAGAUAAACUACAAGACAGGGAUGAAUGA